AUGGCGAGCCCACUCGUCCACCGGCGGUGGCGGCGGCGGCAUCUCCUCCUCCUCCUCUUCGCCGCCGUCUUCUUCCACUCUCUCCCGGCGGUGUGCCAGGCCAAAGUAUGCCCGGCAUGCGGCAGCGCCGCCGUCCCUUACCCCCUGAGCACCGCCGCCGACUGCGGCAACCCAAAGUACAAGAUCCGGUGCAACACCGCCUCCCAGUCCCUCUUCUUCGAUUCCGCCAACGGGACGGCGUAUCCCAUCAUCUCCAUCUCGCCGGAGAGUCAGCGCCUGGUGAUUCGGCCGUCCCCUCUCGUCGCCGGUGCCUGCGUCACGGAAGACCUUCCCACGGCGGGGCUCCGCCUGGAUCAGACGCUCCCCUUCAACAUCACUCAGAGCAACACAAUCUUCUACCUUAACUGCACAGAACGUAUCCUGUCCUCCCCGCUGAACUGUAGCGCCAACAGCCCCUGCAAAGCUUACGUUAACGCCACCGCCGCCUGCCUCCGGGGGGGCCCAAUCUGCUGCACCUUCGGGGCCGGAGGCUCGUCGACGUCAUACCAGCUGCGAGCGAGCUGGACUGGUUGCUCGGCUUACCGGAGUUUCGUGGGGCUGGAGCCAGAUUCGACUCCAGUGGCGCAGUGGGAGCAGAAGUUGGGGGUGGAGAUCCAGUGGGCGACCCCGAAGGAGCCCAUCUGCAACGCCCAGUCCGACUGCGAGGCCGGGGCCAACGCGACUUGCCGCGCAGACCCGGCGGAUGAGGGAGGAGUGAGCCGCUGUUUCUGCAAUUCCGGGCUUCGGUGGGAUCCCUUCAAUGGCACCUGCGCCAGCCGUGAGCUCUUCCUCCUCUCCCCGUCGUCUUUCUCUUCCUUUCCCUCUCUCUCUCUCUCCCUAUUAAUGUGUCUGUGUUCUUCCUCCGCUAUCGUAAUAUGCGCAGUUGCUGAGGAGUGCGAGGCGUCAGGAAGCUGCGGAGGAUCGGGGAAGGCCGCUCUCAUUGCGGGUGCGUAGAGGACUGGGGGUUGUCCUGGCUUUAUGCUUGCGGCCAUAAUCACGAACAUGUUUCAUCUGGUGGUGGUGGGUCUGAACAGGGCUGACCUCGGGACUGGGGGCGGCGCUCGUGGUGGGCGUGGUGGGAUUCCUGCUUCUCCGACGGCAGCGCCGUGCCAGGGCGGCGCGCGAGCGGCUGACGAAGGAGCGCGAGGAGAUCCUCAACGCCAACAACAGCAGUGGGCGCUCGGCCAAGAACUUCACCGGGCGGGAGAUCAGGAAGGCGACGGGGAACUUCUCCCGCAGCAACUUCCUCGGCUCGGGGGGCUUCGGGGAGGUCUUCAAGGGUACCCUGGACGACGGCACGCCGGUGGCCGUCAAGUGCGCCAAGCUGGGGAACACCAAAUCCACGGAGCAGGUCCUCAACGAGGUGCGCAUCCUGUCGCAGGUCAACCACCGCUGCCUCGUGCGCCUCCUCGGCUGCUGCGUGGAGCUGGAUCAGCCCAUCAUGGUCUACGAGUUCAUCCCCAACGGCACCCUCUACGAGCACCUCCACGGCCAGCGCGCCAGUGAGCCCCCGCUCCCCUGGCGGCGCCGCCUCGCCAUCGCCCGCCAGACCGCCGAGGGCCUCGCCUACCUGCACUCCUCCGCCGUGCCGGCCAUCUACCACCGCGACGUCAAGUCCAGCAACAUCCUCCUCGACGAGAAGCACAACGCCAAGGUCGCCGACUUCGGGCUCUCCCGGCUGGCGGAGACGGACCUCAGCCACAUCUCCACCUGCGCGCAGGGGACCCUCGGCUACCUCGACCCGGAGUACUACCGCAACUACCAGCUCACCGACAAGAGCGACGUCUACAGCUUCGGGGUGGUGCUGCUGGAGCUCCUCACCUCGCAGAAGGCCAUCGACUUCACCCGCGGCGCAGACGACGUCAAUCUCGCCGUCUUCGUCAAGCGGCGCAUGGACGAGGAGCGGCUGAUGGACGCCGUCGACAAGGACCUCCUGGAGGGGGCGACACAGCUCUCCAUGGACACCAUGAAGGCCCUCGGCUUCCUCGCCAUGGGCUGCCUCGAGGAGCGCCGCCAGAACCGCCCCUCAAUGAAGGAGGUCACCGAGGAGAUCGCCUACAUCAUCAGCAUCGAGGCCGGCAGCGUCGAGCUCUCCAUCGGCGGCGACACGCUCGACACCAUCCCCCUCUAA